AUGACCUUAAGGAGCGGGAAGGAGAUUCAGGGGCCUGAACCUGUGAUUCCUAAGGACAAUGAUGAGGAAAAGAUCGAAAUGAGCUUGAGAGGGAGGACAGCAAUGGCACGGAUCCAAAGGUGCCGAAGUACGCAAAAGUUUCUGAGAGACCUGUGCGUCAAUCGAAGGUGGCUGAGGGGAGAUGAAAGAGUCAUUGUUGGGGAAAAUGUGUCAGCGGUCCUACAGAGGAAAAUUCCACCAAAGUGCGGGGACCCAGAUCCAUUAAAAGAAAUUGGAAUAAUUAUCCAAUUAGCUGACCGAACCAAUGCAUAUCUUGAUGGGUUGGUUGAAGACGUGUUAGUUAAAAUUAAUGACUUGGUGUUUCCAGCUGACUUUUAUGUACUUGACAUGGAUGAUGAUCACUCCCUUGAUCCCUCACCUUUGCUAUUAGGUAGACCCUUUUUGAGCACAAUACAGACCAAAAUUGAUAUUAAUAAGGGUACAUUGUCCAUGAAGUUUGAUGGGGAAAUUGUGCAUUUUAAUAUUUUUGAUACUAUGAAAUACCCCUCAAACUCCAACUUUAACUUUGUUUUCUCUGUGAAUGCUAUUGACUCGGCGGUGCAGGAAGUGUUUGAAACUGUUGGCAGGGAUGAGUUGGAGGUAAUUUUAACCAAGCACCUCGAGUUGGAGACAAUUCCUGAAGUGGAGUGGAGUGAAGAUUUGAAAUGCGCAAUAGGGGCAUUACACUCAUUGCCAACCUCAACAAAAAGGUAUGAAAUUUCACCUAUUUUCAUUCUCGAACCUCACCAAAGGGUAUUACCAUCUGUGGUGCAGGCACCUGUAUUGGAGAUGAAACCCCUGCCGAAACACUUAAAAUAUACAUAUCUGGACGACAACGAAACACUCCCGGUAAUUAUCUCAGCUGCACUAUUAGACACCCAAAAGGAGAAGUUAAUCCAGAUUUUAAGAGAGUAUAAAGAGGCGAUAGGGUGGACUAUUGCUGACAUUAAGGGGAUCAGCCCCUCCAUCUGUAUGCAUCGGAUUAGGUUGGAAGAGAAUGCCAAACCCGUACGGCAAGCCCAAAGGAGGCUCAACUCCCUCAUGAUAGAAGUAGUGAAGAAAGAAAUUUUGAAGUUGCUCGAUGUGGGAAUCAUUUUCACGAUAUUGGAUAGCCCAUGGCUGAGCCCGGUCCAGGUAAUCCCAAAGAAGGUAGGAGUGACAGUGGAGGCUAAUCAAUCGGGUGAUCUCAUACCAGUGUGCAAACCCACUGGAUGGAGGCAGUGUUUUUAUCGAAGAUUCAUCAAAAAUUUUUCGAAAAUUGGAGCCCCGUUAUUCCAACUUUUACAAAAAGAUGUGGCCUUCGAAUUCGAUGACAAAUGUGAGAAAGCCUUCGACAAGUUGAAGGAACUAUUGACCUCACCCCCGAUCAUCCAACCCCCUAACUGGAGUUUGCCAUUUGAGAUCAUGUGCGAUACCAGUGAUCAUACUGUAGGGGCUGUAUUGGGACAGAGAGUGGGAAAGGCAGCUCACGUUAUCUACUAUGCGUCCCGAACCUUGAAUGGAGCUCAAUUAAACUAUUCCACUACUGAGAAAGAGCUUCUUGCAGUUAUUUUUGCUUUAGAUAAAUUCAAAUCAUAUUUGUUAGGUGGUAAAGUUAUUACAUUUUUUGAUCAUGCAGAGCUAAUUAGCUUAUGGUGUGAAUUUUCGGUUAUGGUGUGA